ACAACCGAGCGCAGCUCAACGAGUUUGACGUUUUUCACCGCCGCAAUGAUGUUUUGAGCUGGCAAAACGGUAUACUGGCUUGACUUUGACUGUUAGCAGGAUGUCGGACGUUGAAGAGGCCUGCAAAAGCGUUAUCGCUUGCGUGGAAGCCGCCGUUUCAGCCACGACAACACUGGAGCGGAGAGUGGAGGCCUACCACGCUUAUGAAGAUUUCAAGGAAACGUCUCCGCUCUGUGCAAAAUGUGGUUUUGUGCUUGCGGCCAAGGGUAACCCUGCUCUGGUCCGCCAUAUUGGACUACAGCUCGUGGAGCAUUGUAUCAAGUUUCGCUGGAAUAUGAUGGCGAUCGACGACAAACGUUUCAUCAAGGACAACGUCAUGAAGAUGAUGGCCGAGGGCACAGACCACCUCCUCGUGGAACAGGCCCACAUCAAGGACGCGCUUGCGAAGCUGCUUGUGGAGAUGAUCAAGCGGGAGUGGCCGCAGCAGUGGCCACAACUUAUGAAGGAGCUGAACGACCUGGCCAUUAUCGGGGAGACGCAGAAAGAGUUGGUGCUGCUGACGUUUCUUCGGCUUGCCGAGGACGUGGUGGACCUGCAGACAGUGGAGGGAGCACGCCGGCGAGACCUGUACCAGGCUCUUGUGAAGGAGCGGCGUGAGAUAUGCGGCUUCUUCGUGCGCACGCUCGAGACUCACUACAGCCGGUACCGAGACCUGAUAGAACUCGCGUCACUAAGGCGAGAAAAAAGCGAACUGUCCCUGCACCGACAGUUGACGGAGACCACGCUGCUCACGAUGGCGGGCUUCAUGGAGUGGACGCCCCUGAAGGAAGUGAUGGAGUCGGACGGGCUGCUGCCCCGCAUUUUCUGCUACCUCCUCUCGGACAGGAACCUGCGCGUACUUGCCGCCGAGUGUCUACUGCAAGUGCUCGGACAGAAGCCCAAGAAGGAUGAACUGAGGCUGUUGCUGGCGCUGUUCAACCAGGAGACACUGAACGCUGUCGCCUCUGCCUUAACGUCUGCGUCCAGUGAACCUUUGAGCGAGGCCGCUUUCCUCUUCAUGAAGAAACUGUGCUCGAUCGCAGCCAGCCUCGGACAGAACUGUGUCACGCACUGGAGCCUGGAACCUGAGCGACCUUCAGUGGAACUCUUUGCUGUCUACCUCGACUUCUUGCUAUCCCUGAUGCAGCAUCCUAGCCAGGCCAUCAAUGCCAUCACUCUGCCAGUGUGGGCGUCCCUGUUUCGACAUUCCGAUGUCUCCUGCCUGGAUAUUGUCCGCAACUUGCUGCCGAAGUUCUUCAAGGUUGCCACCGAGAAGUUAUCCAAGGUCGGCUACCCUUCCAGAAACGAUAGUCCGGCCUGUGCUUACGCUCGGCUUGGCUUUGACGAUGACGAGAACUUCGCACAAUUUCUAGGCAAAUUCAGGGUUGACCUGACGGAGGCCGUUCGUCUGGCCACCCUGCUGAACCCCAUCGCUGGCUUCCAGAUGGUGAGCCAGUGGCUACAGACGCUGCUUGUAGCCAAAAUCGAAGUUGGAAGCGAACCGGAGAACGGCCACUGUUCACUCAACUCGCCAUCCAGCAUACGUUGGGAUGCCCUCGUCAAUUUCAUGGACGGCGUAUUCAGCCGGUUCCUGUCUUCUCCGAACCCCAAGCCAAGCACGGAAGAGGGCAUCUUCUUACUGGAGUCGCUGCUGAAUUUUGAAACCGAGGACCCAGUGAUUCAGUCCUACGCCCUGUCCUGCAUAUCCAACCUGGGCAUCUUCCUUACGCUUGCCCCGGGAAGUCUGCCCAACGUGUUGAACAAGCUCUUCUCCUGCGCCAUCUUCACGUUGCCAAACCAGCCACCGACAGUCCAGAGCCGCGCCCUGAGGAACCUGAGGCGACACGCGUGCGCCGGGCUGGUCAAGCUGUGCCACCUCUACCCAAAGCUCGUCAUGUCCUGUUUCGACCAGAUCUACUCUUCGGUGAAGAGGAUACAGGAGCAAGACAAACUGAUCACGCAACUCGAAGCAUGCACUCUCAUCGAAGCUUUGCUCAUUUUGAGCAACGAAUUCAACAAUUACGAUCGUCAGUGCAAGUUCGUCGUCGAGGUCGUUUCUCCUGCCACAGGCAUGUUGGCAAGAAAUGAAGUGAAAGUGAUCGCAUCAUCACCCGAAGCAUUCCUGUCAUUCAUCGGUCUCACCGAAGCGCCAGUGGAGGCCACGGCAGAUGACAGCAGUGGAUACAACCGCUCCCAGCUUCUACACAGCGUCAACAUCUUCAUGGCUUUCAUCAAGCGAUGCAAGUGGCCUGACGACAUUGAGGUGGCCAAGAAAGGGGGCUUCUACUGCGAGGGCAGUCAGGCUUACCAUUCUGCAUACUGUCGGAACCCGGCAACGCCUUAUGCGGUGUCCCUGCUCCCCAUCAUUUCACAAUUGCUGAGGACUUACAACCACUUUUGGAGCCCGGAGAUGCGUGCCAGGGUACAUCCAGCGUUUGCAGCUGCCCUCGAUAUAUACGACAGUGAGAAGAAUAGCAUCCUUGGUGUUCGAGCCGACGGAGAGGCGUCGGACAACUUAGGAUCAAAGCAGCCCAUUGACCGUGCAAAGAGCUUCAUGUGCACCUUUCAGGACUAUUGCUUGCAGAUUCUUGGCAACGCGGGACAGUCGCUGGGCCCCGAAUACUACCAGACGCCAGGUCUGUCUGACAUGCUCGUCAACGGAGUGUUGAUGGGCCUUGAGCAGCUCCCAGACUUCAGGCUACGACCGAUCCUGCGCGUCUUUCUGAGGCCCUUCGUGCAGCGCUGUCCAGCCGAGCUGCAGGCCACGGUCGUGUUGCCACUGCUCAAGCCCGUGCUUCCCUUUAUGUUUCAGAAACUGAAUGCCAAGUGGGAGAAAUUCAGGCUCAAAUAUGCCAACUGUGUCGACUAUGAGACGGAAAUGACCGAGGAACAGGAACUGCUUGAUGACCAGUUGAACCGUCUUCUAUCACGAGAAUACCUUGACCUUUUAGCGGCCAUCCUGCUGAACAAGCGAGGCCAGCCGGACGCCAGCCUCGACAGCAUGAAUGAAGACCAGGAAGGGAAGCAGGUGGACUCGAGCGCGGCAACAAUCUCUGCAUUUGGAGCCACUGUUCUUAAGACUGAGGAACUUUGCUCACCCGUUGUGAUGGCGGUGUUCAACGCUCUGCACUGGUCCGACACCACUGCCUCCUUCAAGGCCUUGCAGCUGAGCAUGCCCUUGCUGAAACUCAUGUUCGAGCAGGGUUUCGUGCGCGACGAAGGCGGCGCAGCGUACCUGCUGCGGUGCGUGCUCCUGGGGCUGCAGGUGUUGGGCGAGCACGACAUCAACCAGACCCGGCUGGUGUCCCUCGGGCUGGCCCUGUACCAGGCGGCGCGGCCCCUCUUCCCGGGACUGUGCAACACCCUACUGCAGAUACCCGGAUGCACUCCGGAGGCCCUGGAGGCCUUUGAGACGCAGCUUCAUCCCCCGGCUGACGGGAAAGGCCUGCCGGAGAAGAAGAAGAAGGAGAUUUUCAAAAGGCUAAUCUCUCCCAUCAUUGGGAAAAACAUUGGCCAGCAGUUCAAGGCAGCCAUCCAGAUCAUGAACCUGCCUCCGAUGUUCCGGCCACAGAGGAUGGCCAUCGAAGAGGAUGCCGUGGCCUGCGUCGACCUGCCCAACCUCUUCGGGCAGGAGUAGGCUCGACAGCAGUGUCGUCCGCUCACGACAUUCCUCGCUGUAUGGACCACCGCAUUUUCCCUACUUACAGGGCAAAGCACACGGGGUCUCGCCGUGGCCUCCAAGACCCUUAGACUGUGCCACUGACUUUCGUGCGCGCGAGUUAGUAAUCUUGGAGGCCUUGGUUUGCCACAAGUUUCAUGGAGAGCUGAGCAAGAGAGGAAAAGCUGGCAUUUGAGUUGUUUAACAUGUCGUGGAAGUGAUGAGGAGUUCAGGCAUUGGAUUGGCAUUUGUUGGCUCGCGUGCUUUCUUGUAGCCACUUUGAGCUGUCUGGUUUUACAACAUUUGUUUUAGUUUGUUCAUUCGAAUUAUUUUGUUUUCUCGUAGCUAGCUCAUGUCACUGCAUUCACAUAAAUUUGUGCAUAAUUUUACGCAUCUCUCAAUUUUACAGCCCUUCUCAAAGCAGUCUUAUAGCAACGGUGGUAGUCCUGCCUGCUUAAGCAGUUCCACUGAACGAGUUAACAGCAACAGACGAUAAAACCUAUAAGCUUGCAAGUCUGAGACGGUUUUCAAACAUGAAAGAAAUGUGAGCGCAUUAACCUUCGAGCAGUGUUUCAGGGUAUAUUAUGCAGAGUUUGUGCUAUAGAACAUCUUAGUGAUUCGCGGCUGCGGUUUUCUUGUCGAGAAAUAAGGCCAGUUCAGUAGACAAAGUGCCAUAUCAUUCGCUGAGCCGUCAGCCAAGUUAUGACAGUGCUUGUCACUUUUCAUCAUUUUCAUGAUUGUGGCACAUGUGCUUAAGAAACCUGCAUGGAUGUCAAGAGCCACAUUCCUCCAGCUAAGGAGAGAAACUCUUUGGGGCUACACCCUGAAUGUCAUGUAUGAUGUGUGAUUGCUUUGAAGUGUCAUUCUAGCUGCAUUUCUGAGUGACAGUGUGUUUGAGUUUGGAGACGAGAUGGUUGUGAUAGCUUGUCGUGCACAACCGUUCGUUAUUUUAAAAACUUCUACUUCACCUAAUGUCAUCUGGCAGCUCAGUAGCUUCGACCAGUGCAGUUAUGUCGUAUAAUAUCUUCAGUAAAGGUUGCCUGCAGAAGAGAACUACAUAUAGUAUUAUACUAAAAAAAUUUUCAUUUGUUUUUGACUACACUGUAACGCAUUCGAUGUAACGAACCGAGGCGACACGUUGCUGAACAAGGAA